GGAUUGGACAACACACGAUGGACAGAGAGAGAGAGAGAGAGAGAUAAAGAGAGAGAGACAUGGGGAGACAGCAGUCGGACGUCUCUGAGAGAUUCAACGGAGCUUAACGGUGAUUUUCAACAUUCAGAAGACAAACCAAUGUGUUAGGACGCGCCCGACUCAUUAUCACUGGGUAGUCCAUGCAAAUGCACGACACAAUGGGUAGUUCCCCUGAGGUGCUCUCGUGGACUUCCUGCCCCAGUCUGCUGGUGGGCAAGCUGAAGGAGGAGCUCAAACACACCGUGGUUGGGGAAAACGUGAAGAAAUCAAGCUCGCCCAACUCCCAACCUCAGCCUCCUCAGGCCCCUCUGUCCAUCCUACCUCCUCAGAUUAUCACAGACCUUGCGCCGCCAACACAGCUGCCUGUUCCCCUGCAGACUCUGCAGACGCCUGGCCCGGACGAGGACUCAGUGCUGGGGGGUAUAAGUCCCCCAAACACAGCCUUGAGUGUGGACUCAACACGAAGUGAGGGUGGGCACUUUGACAACAGCGUGCUCCAGCUGCAGGAGCAGGACCACGAGGAAGCUGGAUCGCCGGCCUCCUGUGAGCACGGGUGUGGCAGCGGGAUGGAGGAGCAGGUGGGGGAAGGAAACUGUCCCAUUGACCACAGUGGAGAGGGGAGGCAGUGCCACCACCAUCACCCUGAUGACAUCAAGCUGCACUUUCAGAGAGCGGGGCCUGGGUCGGGUGGGUUCUUAGAGGGGCUGUUUGGUUGUCUUCGGCCUGUCUGGAACAUCAUAGGGAAGACCUACUCGACAGAAUACAAGCUACAACAGCAAGACAUGUGGGAGGUGCCAUUUGAGGAGAUUUCUGAGUUGCAGUGGCUGGGCAGCGGUGCACAGGGAGCUGUCUUUUUAGGCAAGUUCCGGUCUGAGGAGGUGGCCAUCAAGAAGGUGCGCGAGCAGAAAGAGACGGACAUUAAACCCCUGCGAAAACUCAAGCAUCCAAAUAUCAUCAGCUUCAGGGGUGUGUGCACCCAGGCGCCUUGUUACUGCAUCAUCAUGGAGUACUGUGCCCAGGGCCAGCUGUAUGAGGUGCUGAGAGCGGGGAGGAAAGUGACUCCCAGGAUGCUGGUGGACUGGGCCACAGGCAUCGCCAGCGGCAUGAACUACCUUCACCUGCACAAGAUCAUUCACAGAGAUCUCAAGUCUCCCAAUGUUUUGGUCACCUACAACGACACUGUGAAAAUCUCAGACUUUGGAACGUCCAAAGAGCUCAGUGACAAAAGUACAAAGAUGUCAUUUGCGGGUACGGUGGCCUGGAUGGCCCCAGAAGUGAUAAGAAAUGAGCCUGUGUCUGAAAAAGUAGACAUCUGGUCAUUUGGAGUCGUGUUGUGGGAACUUCUGACCGGAGAGAUUCCCUACAAAGAUGUGGACUCCUCAGCCAUCAUUUGGGGUGUUGGCAGCAACAGUCUUCACCUUCCUGUCCCCUCAACCUGCCCGGAUGGCUUCAAAAUCCUCAUGAAACAAACAUGGCAAAGCAAGCCCAGAAAUAGGCCUUCAUUUCGUCAGAUCCUCUUACACCUCGACAUUGCCUCUGCUGAUGUCUUAGGAGCUCCUCAAGAGACCUACUUCAAGUCUCAGUCAGAAUGGAGAGAGGAAGUGAGGAAACAUUUUGAGAAGAUCAAAAGUGAAGGCACCUGUAUCCACAGGCUGGACGAGGAGCUGAUCCGACGCAGGCGGGAUGAACUCAGGCACGCACUGGACAUCCGGGAGCACUAUGAGAGGAAGCUGGAGAGAGCCAACAACCUCUAUAUGGAGCUCAGUGCCAUCAUGUUGCAGCUGGAGGUCCGAGAGAAAGAACUAAUGAGGAGAGAGCAGGCAGUGGAGAAGAAAUAUCCUGGGUCCUAUAAGCGUCACCUUGUCAGACCCAUCGUCAGGACCAACGCUGUCGAGAAGCUCAUUAAGAAGAAAGGAAGCAUGUCUCACAAGCCUGGGAUGCCGCCCACUAAAAGACCAGACUUGCUCCGUUCUGAUGGCAUCCCCAGCCUCGACCCACUCCCCUCCCCAUCACCUCUAUCAGCCAGCCCGAAGGUCUCCACACCUCCUGGCAAAGCCCGUUACCGAAGCAAGCCACGUCACCGCCGGGCCAACAGUAAAGGAAGCCACAGCGAGUUCCCCGGGCUGCUGAAGCCUCUUGCUGGUGCUUUAGAAGACACCCAGUCUCUCCAGGAGCAGCCGUUCCUCCAUCACCACCACCACCACCCACAAACCGAGGGGCCCUUCCUCCCCUUAAAGGGCCGGGAGGAGGCCGUUGUCAACUGUGCCAACAACCUGCGCUACUUCGGCCCCGCUGCUGCCCUCCGUAGCCCUCAGACAGACCACCUCCAGCGCCGCGUUUCUGGAUCCAGCCCUGACCUCAUAUCCACUGCUGUGGAUGCAGAUACGCGACAGCGGACUUCGUCCGCCAGCUCCAAUCUUGUUCCGGGUGCUAGUGCUGGUACUUUGUGUCCCUGCUGCCAGGCUCACCCCUUCCCUGGCUGCCUACACUGUCAGGAGACCCCUCCUGCAUCAAGCCAUCCAGAGUUGCCGCACUACUCCCUGCUCAACACCCAGGAAGGCACUGCAUCUUCUUUAGGGGCUCCCAGCAAAGAUGCAGCCUCAAAUGGAGAGGCCACAAAGAAGGCUCAGCCACAACAACUAGAGGCAUCCCGGCGCACUCACACUCUGCUCACUGCACUGCCCCGCACCCUCAGACCUCUCAGGAAGGGUGGUGACGAGUCAUCUGAAGAGGAAGAGGGUGAGGUUGACAGUGAAGUGGAGUUUCCAAGGAGACAGAGACCUCAUCGCUGUAUGAGCGGCUUCCAGUCCUACUCCACAUUCAGCUCAGAGAACCUGUCGGUGUCUGAUGGAGAGGAGGGAAACACCAGUGACCACUCCCACAGCGGGCCCCUGGAGAGGCUGAGCACCAGUCAGGAGGAACAUCUGGAUGAGCUGCUGUCACACACACCGGACAUCCCCAUCGACAUCUCCACCCAGUCAGAUGGGCUCUCUGACAAGGAGUGCGCUGUGCGCAGGGUGAAGACCCAGAUCUCACUGGGGAAACUGUGCUCCGACGAACACAGCUACGAGAAUCCACUGCAGUUUGGGGAUUCAGACUGCGAUACAUCAGAAGCGGAGUGUUCCGAUGCCACCAUCAGAAACAACAAAGUCGGGGCUCCUUCCUCGUGGUGAAACCCGCCCUAGGGCUCGGUUCUGUUUUUGCCUGGAGGCCAUUGUGUCCCACACAGCCCGGCAGAAAAUACAGCAAUAAGAGGACGACAUUGUAAACAAAGCUCCUUAUAGCAAAUCCCCAUGCAAUCUCUCCCAGAACCUUCCCCAAAAACACCCAUCCCUUCAUAAACCCUAAUUUCCCCUCGUCUUGCACAGCAUCCAGGCAACCCAUGGCAGGGAUUCCCUUUUGAAUGAUAAUGUACAGUAGAUUGUGUAACAUUCAUUAUUUAUUUUUGUCUGAGUUUCGAAGGUAAAACUGUAAAUUCUCUGAUCAUUCAAAAACUUUUUUAAACUGAGCAUGGGCUAAGUGUGUGUUGUGAGGAUGAUGAUGAUGAUGAUGAUGAGAAGGAGGAUGUGUUGAAGUGUCAGUUACAUAACUGCGAUAUUUGGUCUCUCAGGGGACUGACACUGACAAGAAGUGUCACUACAAGCCUUUUGGUCAUUGCUCUCAGCAUCUUAUUGUUUUAGACCAAAUUCCCCAACCAACAAGGACCCCUUCUUACUAAAGUAAGAUCAACCUGCUUUAUCAUGAGUUUACAGUGCAGAUCCCCAUUACCCUACCUCCACCACUCCCAUCCCAAACCCACCGUGGUGGGUGGGGAACAGGGAGCUUUUGAAAACAGUGUGAACACCAGCAUGAACAACUUGCCUCGCAACCGGACCCCCUUCCUUUCUAGAAACCAACACAACUCUAGUCGGUCAUCAGGAUCCCGCUGAACUGUCCAAGCAUGCCUGUGCAGAUCGCCAAGCGCUGCCAGAAGACUGCAUGAAGCGGACGAGCCAGUAGAGCAACAGAGAUGAAGACUCAGCUGACAACGAAGAAAAAAUUAAAACACACAAAAAAAGAGACUCUUCCUCUGUGACCCAGCUCCUCCAACUCUGAGACACGCCAAUGUCAUCAUCCAUCAGAUGUCAUGACCAGAGUUGUUCUCUCUGUGUGUGUGCGUGCACGUGCAUGUGCAGGCGUGCGUGUGCAUGUGCACGUGCGUGUCCUCUCCAUUAGACAUUACAGUUUCAAGUCUCAUCUCAGGAUUGUUAAAGGACUGUGAGAAACUGGACUGGACCAAUUAUUGUACGUAAUAUGGACCAUACAGGAAUAUAAAAAAAUAAGUCUUAUAGCCUUAGUGUUCAACCCUUUGUUGCUGUAAUAGACAUUAAUGUUAUGUAGAGCAUUUAGUUGAAAUCCAGGUGCAGUAACCCAUUUCUUGAAAUCACUAGGUGCAGCGUCUCUCAUUUAACAUUUUCUAGCAGGGUAAUUUCUACUGGCUGAUAUAUAAUGUCCAAAAAUAAUAAUAAUUUGUUGUGCUGUCGUGAAUAAAACAGCAAUAAUGUGGGUUGGCGCUCAGGUGAGAAAUAAAGUCCCUUGCUCAGGAUCUGAGACGUCUAGCUGGCUAGACUCAAAACAGUGACUGUGUUCAGCAGCUUAUUAUAGACGCUAUCUUUUCAAAUGUCAUGAAUUCAACUUUUGGGGGGGUUGAUGCUCAGGUUUUAUGUUGCUGAUUGAGAGCAGGAGUAAUAUAUCAACAGCCACUACAUGGGGAAAGUUACACUGACUUUUACUUGUGUUGUAGAAAUGUCUUGGCUCCAUUCCUAUCUACCCAAAGGUCAUUUAUCUGGAAAUCUAAAUCCUAGAGUCCCAGCAAUAUAACUAUGUUUGUCUUAUCUCUGAAAGGGGAUACUGCACCUGUGAGAGCUUUUUACAUAUUUUUUUUAUCCCUAUUUGAGUGUCUAAUCCACCUGAUUCUGCGAUUGAAAAUUAGCCAGCCAGGGUUGAAUUUAACGUUAACGAUGUCAAGAUGUCAGCUCAUGUGUACGCAGACGGCUGAGAUUCUACAUUAGGAAUAAAAGCCAGAGACAAGGCCACAGAGCAAUACAUCUGCUCUUGGUUUUCAACAACCUCAUCUCAGUGUAAGUUACUCGUGUAUAUAAACAUCUGUAAAUGUACUGUAAUAUGUUUUUCUCCUCCCUAUAACAUAUCGCACAGCUCUGACAGCCUUCUGUCACCGAUGGUGAGCCCGACUAGUUGAAAAUGAGCAGAACAUUCUUUCAUUUGUAUUACAUCUGUAUUCAAAUCUGUAUUGAACAUUGCAGGAAGGUGUGAGUCAUGAGAACUAAGUAGCACAAGGUGAAUCUAAAACUGUACGGAUGGAUCAAUUACUCUUGCUUUGGGAAGGCUUACAACUGAUACUGAAAGCAGCUGCUGCCUUUCCUCGAGCCUCCUUCAACCUCCUUCACUCUGUUUACGUACGUGUGAAAUAACCUAGUGUAUUGUAAUAACUGGCUAGUCCGAUCAAGCUGUUAAUAACAUUGUCUUUCAUGCAUAUAUCCUGUGAAGUUUGAUUGUUGUAAAGUUUUAAUUGAAUUUUAGUUCUUGUUUUUGUGUUUUUUUCUUUGUAGCUGGCCUACGUGAUUAUUGAAUUAAUUUAUUAUGAAUGAAUGGUAAGGUUUCAGGCAGCUUUAGAAAUGUCAUUAUCUAUGAUUUCUCCUAAAAAGUAUUAUUUAAAGGAAGCACAAUGCGUUAGUGUGGGAAGGGGACAGUAUUUGUACAGGAGACAUGUCAUUGGCAUCAUUUUUGUCUUUGUCUCCAUUCAUCAUUGAGAUCAUGAAGUAUUGAUUUAGCAGACUUUAAUUAGCAAUGUCAGGCAUUCCUAAAGUUUUUGUUUUUUAUCUCGACAAAAGCUAUAAGGAAUCACUAUUGCAACCAAAAGCCAGGCAGUGCUCUGUCGCAGCAGGGUAAAUGAGAUGUUACGGCUGAAGGCAUGUGUGUUGCUGAUUUCUGUACUUCUGCAGAGAUCCUUUCCUCUCUUUUUUUAAUCAAAAUACCAGUUACUCACAUCUGAAAUUGUCUCCAACUGUUGAUGUCAUGUUGCCUCAUCCAAUGUAUCAAACAUCUGUUUCUUUGUUACUCUCAUUUCCAACUCCCUUUCCUGUUGAAUGGCAUUACGAUCAACCAAUCCUGUCAGUUCCCUGUAUUAUCCAGUGUACAGUGCAAUGGGUAUCUGGGAGUGUAAAAUCAGAGCAAACAACUGCAUGGAAUAAAUGCUGAUGUACUGUACCCA